AUGGCAUCUUCCAUAGUUGGGCCCACCAUUGGUCCGAGCCCAGCCGUUGAACUAGCUCCUGCGGCCGCCGGCUGUGUCAGUCGCGUGGCAGAUGGGCCGGCUGGGGUCCCCGAAGGGUGGCCCAAGUUUCUCGACGAGCCUAUGGCUUGGGUUGGUCCUCAAUUCACGGAUGAAUCGGAAUACAUCCACACUCUGAGCGAAUCCGACCUACAGGAAGCUGAGAAUGCUUUGCUGGUCUUCAAAGCCUUGGGACUUGAUGGGGAUUGUGUCUCCCGAGACAACUUCCCUCUUCCCACUCUGGGACCAAGACUCGAUCGUAUCCGCCAAGACGUGUACCGAGGCAAGGGCUUUGGUGUCAUCCGUGGCCUUGAUCCUCAAAAGUACUCAGUCGAGGACUUGACUGUGCUGUAUCUUGGCAUUCAGUCUUACAUUGCCAAUCGUCAUGGGCGUCAAGAUCGAAAAGGCAAUAUGCUAGUUCAUAUUGUCGCCGACAACUCAUCCAAGCUCAAGGCUGGUCACCAUCGACACUCCACCUCCCCCAUCACUUUCCACAACGAGGAAGCUGGUGACAUAGUCAGUUGGCUCACACGUAGCACUGCUGUCUCCGGAGGCAAAUGCAUCAUCGCGUCAGCCUACACUGUCUACAAUGUUCUUGCUACCAGCCGUCCGGACAUGGUCCGCACUCUUUCUCGCUCUGACUGGCCAUUCGCCCUACCCCGUUUCCAGUGCCGACCAGUCCUCUUUCAUCACGAGGGGAAAGUGUUGAUCAACUUUGGGCGUGUAGCUCUUACGGGGAAUGCGAUUCACCCACGCCCUACCAAUCUUCCUGCCGUUACGCCACGCCAGAUGGAGGCAUUGGACUCCAUUGAAAACAUUGCCAAGGCGACUCAGCUGGAGAUUAGCACACGUGCAGGUGACAUGCAUUUCAUCAACAACCUCACAAUCUUGCAUCGCCGAGAAGGCUUCGUCAACGGUGAGGCUGCCCGAGAACGUCGACACUUGGUUCGCAUGAGACUCCGCGACGACGAGCUGGGAUGGAAGCUCCCUGCAGACCUGACACAGGAGUGGUCAGCUGCUUUCAACAAGGAAGCACCCAAGAUCUGGCACAUUGAGCCCAUGCCAGACGGCUUCUUCCCCCUCAGGUCUCAGGCCAACUAA